AUGGCGCACGCAGACCACACACGCGACCCAUGCCCCUGGGUGAUCCUAAAUGACUUCGGCGGAGCCUUCGCGAUGGGCGCAGUAGGUGGAACCAUCUGGCACGGCAUCAAGGGAGCGCGCAACAGCCCUCGAGGGGAACGACUUCCUGGCUCUCUCUCCGCGAUCAAGGCGCGCGCCCCCGUCUUGGGCGGCAACUUCGGUGUCUGGGGCGGCAUGUUUUCCUCGUUCGACUGCGCAGUGAAAGGAAUUCGACAGAAGGAGGAUCCGUGGAACGCCAUCAUUGCCGGCUUCAUGACCGGCGGCGGUCUCGCCAUUCGCAGUGGACCCAAAACCGCCAUUGGCUCCGGCAUCAUGUGCGGCAUCCUGCUAGGUGUGUUCGAGGGUGUAGGCGUACUGAUGCAGAGAUUCAUGGCAGAGGGGAAUAAGCAGGUUGCACCCAUCAUUCCGGAUACCUUGCCAGGCGCCGCACCGGGAGGAGCGCCGGCGUUGCCUGCGCAAUAG